UUAUAUUUAUAUAUUUAGUUUGUGUUAAACUGCUUUACGUUAUUAUACUCUGCAGGAAUUGUGACGAUCCCCCGCUGAGCAUCAGAAUAGAAUAGCCUAUAGAUUUUUGUAUUUUUUUCUUCUCACAAACACUUUGCACGUGCACCCUUUUUUGGGGGAUUUUGGAUUUAUGUACUAGGAUGGAAGCUAAAAUGCACAUGAAAGAGUGGCUGGUGGCUCAGAUAGAGAGCGGGGGCUACGAGGGUCUGUGCUGGGAGGAUGACAGCCGGAGCAUGUUCCGGAUCCCGUGGAAGCACGCCGCCAAGAAGGACUACAAGCAGACCGAGGACGCGGCUCUCUUUAAGGCCUGGGCCGUAUACAAGGGCAAGCACAAGGAGGGGAGGGAUCGGGCCGACCCCACCAUGUGGAAGACCCGCCUCCGCUGUGCACUCAACAAGAGCACAGACUUCCAGGAGGUCCCUGAACGCAACCAGCUGGACAUCGCUGAGCCAUAUAAAGUCUACCUUAUCCAGCACAACAGGCCAGCAGAGUCUCCCCUGACAAAAGGGGACCAUGUGACCCAGACUCUGGGGUCUCCAAGGAACCCUGCUUUUCCGGUCCAGCAGCUCAGUUGCCAAAAGGAAUCUUUUCACAGAAGUAAAGAAGAAGUAAAGCCGCUGCCUGAGGUCCUGAUGAGGGAGCACAUGUACUGUGAGCUCACGGGGAACACGAGUCGGGAUCAGAGCCGCGCUCCUCUCCUCUUCCUCAGCCCGACUCUGACGAUAUCAGACUUCCGUAUGCAGGUGGUCUUGCUGUACCGGGGCCAGAGGGUGAUGAAGGCGACCACCCGGAGCCCCGAGGGGUGCUUCAUCCUGCAGGGCCGCGUCCCCCUGGGGAGCGAGCGGAUCUACGGGCCCUGCUCCGCCCAGCGGUUCUCCUUCCCGCCGCCGGGCUCCGCCCCCGCGGCGUCCCUGCCGCCGUGGAUGGCCGAAGCGAUGAACCGCCUCCUGCGCCACCUGGAGAGGGGCGUGCUGCUGUGGGUGGCGCCGGACGGGGUGUUCAUCAAGCGCUUCUGCCGGGGCAGGGUGUACUGGAGCGGCCCCGGGGCCCGGCACGCCGACCGGCCCAACAAGCUGGAGCGAGACAAGACCGUCAAACUGCUCGACGCGCCCACGUUUCUCAGCGAGCUCCAGAGAUGUUUACAGGGGACGGCGCCGACGCCUUCGUACGAGAUUGAGCUCUGCUUCGGAGAGGAGUACCCGGACCCCAACGUGCCUCAAACCAGGAAGCUCAUCAUGGCAAAGGUGGUGCCCUUGUUCGCGGUGGAGCUGCUGCAGAGGCUCGAGGAGAAGCGGCCGGUUCUCACCACCGACACAGGCGGAGAGAAGAUGUAGCGAGGACGGGGAACAAUGCACGAGUGGAUUACUGACGCCUUUCUCCCUUCCCCCGUGCCAUCGGCAUGAAAGACUGCAACGCAUCCUAGACCUGAUUGCAAUGCAUGAUGGGAUUUACUUGUCCCUCAUAUUGCUUUUCCUCCGUCCACCGUGCAACGAGAAUGGCAAUCAUCUGUUGUGGAAGCAAAUAACUCCCAAAAAACAAUAAAACAUGCUGAAAACGUCU